AUGCCACUCCGAGUCAACAUUCCUCCUGCUACUCGCUUCUUCCUUGUCAGCCUCCUCGCCCUUUCCUUACUCUACAACAUUGCCAGAUGGCGUGAACUGGACUACACCGCGGGCGGCGUCCAAACCACCCCGAUCAUUCCCUACCUGACUCUCGUUCCUUCUCGUUUCUUCUUCUACCCAUGGACACUCGUCACGGCCACCUUGGUCGAGCAGAACAUCUUUACCGUGCUCCUUAACGCUGCCACCAUCUUCUAUGGGGGGAAGUACCUCGAGCGCGCGUGGGGGUCCCGAGAGUUCAGCAAGUUCAUUGUGGCCGCCACAGUGAUUCCGAAUAUCGCGAUCAUUCCAAUCUACCUCGUUUGGGGUAUACUACCGGGACAAAACAACCGAGGCCUUACCCAGAUCUGUGGUGGCGUCUCCAUCCAGGCCUCCUUCCUCGUCGCUUUCAAACAACUAGUCCCUGAACAUACCGUUGCGAUUUUCAAAGGCCUAGUCAAAAUGCGUGUCAAGCAUUUCCCUGCUCUGUUCUUACUACUCAACACCCUCAGUGGCAUUCUGAUCGGAACGGACACGGCUGCCAUCUUGGCGUGGCUUGGCCUCCUGACGAGCUGGACAUACCUCAGAUUUUAUAAGCAGCAGCCCGAUCUGACUGGAACAUCAACCAGCGGUCUGGGUAUCAAGGGUGAUGCUAGUGAGACCUUUGCCUUUGCUUGCCUAUUCCCCGAUGUGAUGCAGCCCCCAAUCGCCUUUGUCGCGGACCAGAUAUAUGCAUUACUGGUCACAGUCCAUGUCUUGAAACCGUUCUCGGAGGAUGAUAUUGCCUCUGGUAACCAGCAAGUGCUGGCCAGAGGGGAGGCGGGCUUACCAACUCUCCUCAACAGCCAACGUGGAGGAGGGUCUAGGGGUAAGCGCGAGGAGGCGGAGCGCCGCCGUGCUUUGGCACUCAAGGCGCUAGAUCAACGACUACAGAAUGCUUCUGCGGGUCGCGUACACGCCGGUCCGUCGUCACUAGAACGAAGCACAGGUGCGACAUCGCCAGCCGCCUCCACUCGGCAGGCCAUGCUCGGGGGAACCACCUACAAUCCGGAUAAUGCAUAA